UCUGUGUUGAUGACUCGCAGUGGGCCCAAGGCAACACUCGUCUAUAAAUAUGAUGUCGCUGUCAACAUCUCCAACCCAACAACAACCCGUUGAAUUUCUCCUCCCACCUUCCUCCUCUGUCUCUCAAAAUCACUGGUUCCCAUCGCCAUGCGCAUCGCAACCGCCCUUCUGGCUCUCACCAGCCUCUCCGCCGCGCCUGUCCUAGCUAGCUCCAAGGCCGAGCAGUGCGCUGUCAUCCCGGAAGAUGUGAUCGUCAAGCCGCUCUGCGACCGCGAGCUCCAAGCCAGCUACCGAGAGUACCUGCGCGACGGGUUCCAAACGGAGCUCGACAAGGCCUGGGGCGAGGAACGCGACCUUCAGAGCGCGCCCUCCUUCUACGGCAUCCCCAUCCCCUCAUUCGCCACGUCGCUUUACGAGCGGCUGACACAGAGCCCCGAGCAGUACGAUGUGUGUCCCACCAUCGCGGACACGAUCGGUGGGUUGAAGUACCGAUACGAGCCAUCCAAAGAGUUCCCGUGUUGCAGGUCCUCCGUGAAGGGGGCGAUCGAGCGGGCCGUUGAACACUUUAUGGCCGACAACGAAGAGAGCUACAAUGAUUAUGCCGCCGGGUGGUUUGGACGAUUUGAUCCGGACGGGAGAAUGGAUGGGAUCUUGAGGGUGUGGAAGGUGGCGCCGUCUCGUGUUGACCUGUAGAUGGGGGAGGGGGGGGGACAGGUGAGGGAGGAUAGUGAUGUUUCACGCCGUACGGUUGGAUGAG